AAUUCCGUUGAGACCACGUGACUUCCUUUCCGAACGAAGCUGAAAUCAUGGAUGCCAGCCGCGUGCAGCCCAUCAAGCUCGCUAGAGUUACAAAGGUGCUGGGAAGAACCGGCUCCCAGGGACAGUGUACCCAGGUACGAGUUGAGUUCAUGGAUGACAGCAACAGAUCUAUCAUUAGGAACGUGAAGGGCCCAGUCAGAGAAGGUGAUGUCCUGACACUUCUGGAAUCUGAAAGAGAAGCCAGAAGACUUCGCUAGCAGUUUGUGAAGACCUGCAAUGGCCUAACCAGUACUCGGAGCACAUCAACACCAGCUCUUCAGUUGUCAGUACAAUGUCAUUUGCAGUUUGAAAUAAAACAUUUUGUCAAUUAAA